ACCCACCCCAGACGGCCUACCUUUUUCGACUGGUGAAAAGCCAACCCCAAAACUCCAUUUAAUCGACGAUUUGAUCUUUCAAUCGGAGAAGAUUUAGCCCUAUUCCGGCCACGAUGUACUCCGCUCGAAUUGCGCAUCACGCGAAAAAGCUCAGACAAGGCUCCAAUCUUAUACGAGGUCGGGCAAUCUAUGCACGCUCUUUUGCAAGUGAUGUGGGAUCGGUUGUCAAAUCAGAUGAUAUUCCAAGACAUGGUGGUCUUGGAGCGAUUGACAGGAAUGGCUGUCGAAAGUUCUCCAGUAUUGGUUCAUUCAGCCCCAAUCACGUGCCAGUCAGUAAAAUGAGCAAUGGAAAUGCUUUCUGGACAGCCAGGAAUACUGCACCAGCAAUAGGCGUGAACUACAACAGCCAAUCUGAAAGAAGUGCCAGACAGUUUUCAACAGAUUCAGGUCUUCCACCACACAUUGAAAUUGGAAUGCCUUCUCUCUCACCUACGAUGACAGAGGGUAAUAUUGCAAGGUGGUUGAAGAAAGAGGGCGAUAAAGUUUCUACUGGAGAAGUGCUUUGUGAAGUGGAAACUGACAAAGCGACAGUAGAAAUGGAAUGCAUGGAGGAAGGAUAUCUUGCAAAAAUUUUGCGUGGGGAUGGAUCAAGUGGUGUUCAAGUUGGCGAGAUAAUUGCGAUAACUGUUGAAGAAGAGGAGGAUAUUGCUAAAUUCAAGGACUAUAGUCCAUCAUCAGGUGCUGCUCCAGCAACCCCACCCAAAGAACCGUCUGCUCCAACUCCACCAAAAGAAGAAGUGUCACAAGUAUCUGCUGCUCCAGCAGAGCCUAAAGUUUCCAAGCCUAGUGUGCCUUCUUCAUCUGGAGAUCGUAUUUUUGCCAGUCCGCUUGCCAGAAAACUUGCAGAAGAUCAUAAUGUUUCUCUUGCAAACAUUAAAGGAACUGGUCCUGAUGGACGCAUUGUCAAAGCAGAUAUUGAAGAUUAUCUUGCUUCAAGUGGUAAGGAAGUUUCACAAGCUCCUAAGGCUGCUACCGCCUCAGUUGCCAGUUUAGAUUACACUGACAUCCCUCACUCGCAGAUCAGAAAGGUGACAGCUGCACGGUUAUUGCAGUCAAAACAAACAAUACCACAUUAUUACCUGACUGUAGAUACGUGUGUUGACAAACUCAUGGAAUUGCGUUCCCAGCUAAACUCAUUGCAAGAAGCUUCAGGCGGGAAAAGGAUUUCUGUUAAUGAUCUUGUUAUUAAGGCUGCUGCCUUGGCCCUUAAAAAAGUCCCUCAGUGCAACAGUUCAUGGACCAAUGAUUAUAUUCGCCAGUUCAACAACGUGAAUAUCAAUGUUGCUGUGCAAACAGAAAAUGGAUUAUAUGUGCCUAUAGUCAGGGACGCUGACAAGAAAGGUCUGUCGAGGAUCUCUGAAGAAGUUAAGCAUUUAGCUCAAAAAGCCAAGGAAAACAGCUUGAAGCCAGAAGAUUAUGAGGGUGGUACGUUCACAGUAUCAAACUUAGGAGGUCCUUUUGGCAUCAAGCAAUUUUGUGCCAUUAUCAAUCCACCCCAAGCUGGCAUUCUCGCAGUUGGCUCAGCUGAGAAAAGAGUGGUGCCCGGUGCUGGCCCUGACCAGUUUAAGUUUGCCUCAUUCAUGUCCGUGACACUGAGCUGUGAUCACCGGGUCAUUGAUGGUGCUAUCGGAGCCGAAUGGCUGAAGGCGUUCAAAGGUUACAUUGAAAAUCCGGAGUCAAUGUUGCUUUAAAGUAGGCAACGGUGCUGGAUGGAUACAAUCCAAUUUGUUCACUUCAAAUCCUUCUUUUGUCACAGAAGCAAUUUAUACCUUCCUCUGC